GAGCUGGGGUGUGCCUGCAGUCUUUCCAUCAGGCUGCCUGUCUCUGGAAGGCGUCCCAUGCCCCCAGCCUCACCCAGUGGGGGCAGACGUGCUCUGCUGCUCUGUGACCUCCUACACAGUCCUUCUCAUCCUGGUGGCCAUGGACAUACUCAGGCUGUUGCCCAGAGAGCUGGGUUGUAACUUGAUCUCCCCCAGGCUGGGGGUGACGGGGCGGGUGGGCAGGUGACAGCCAGGGCAGGGAGAUUUGCCCAGACGCUGAUGUGCAGCAGCCUGGCAACCCGUGUGGCCCCGAGGAGACCAGGGGCUUUGGGAGCUUGUUCCAGAGCCCUGACAGCGGCCUUCACCAUGGGCAACAAGCAGACAGUCUUCACUCAUGAGCAGCUGGAAGCAUAUCAGGACUGCACCUUCUUCACAAGAAAGGAAAUCAUGAGGCUUUUCUAUCGCUACCAGGACCUGGCUCCCCAGCUUGUCCCCCUCGACUAUACCAGCUGUCCUGAUGUGAAGGUGCCCUACGAGCUUAUCGGCAGCAUGCCUGAGCUGAAGGACAACCCAUUCCGCCAGAGGAUUGCCCAGGUGUUCUCUGACGAUGGGGACGGCCACAUGACCUUGGACAACUUCCUGGACAUGUUUUCCGUGAUGAGUGAAAUGGCUCCCCGUGACCUCAAAGCCUACUAUGCUUUCAAAAUUUAUGACUUCAACGACGACGGCUACAUCUGUGCGUGGGACCUGGAGCAGACGGUGACCAAGCUGACGCGGGGGGAGCUGAGCGCCGAGGAGGUGAGCCUGGUGUGUGAGAAGGUGCUGGGCGAGGCCGAUGGGGAUCACGAUGGGCGGCUCUCCCUGGAAGACUUCCAGAACAUGAUCCUGCGGGCACCCGACUUCCUCAGCACCUUCCACAUCCGCAUCUGAGGGCACCGUGGAGAAGCCGGGUCAGAGGAGGCCGGCGUGACCCGUCACUCCACUGUGGAAUCCGGCCUCCCUGGGUUCUGGGAAUAAACACACGGCACUGAGUCACAUCUGCUUGGAGGAUGUAUUUUGCACCUUAAACCUGCCGGAUGGGAGACAGGAAGCCUGAGAUCUCACCUCUGCCCUCAUUGUGUGCCCCCAGGUGUGGCUACGCCCUCUGUGGGCCUCGAUCUCCCCAUUUACACAGG